CUCCAUCACUUCCCCUCAAAAUGGCCGCAGUUUUUCCCGCCGUUGUGUGCGUGUGCCGGCUAUCGGAGUAAAUAUUAAUUAUUUUUAGGGAUGCAAUUUACUCCGAGGAAUCGGGGCAACACAUUCUGGAGGAAUGACUACCAGCCUCCAAGAAGGGCGGAGAGAGCUCCCCAAAGCAGGGAGUGGACCACGUGGAACUCGCCCAAGACACACUUCAGCGGCAGACCGAAGUACCAGUACAGAGGCCCCAAUGCAAGAGGCUACCACCAUGGCAACAAUCAGUGGUCUGGGUACAGUAACGGCAACGCCCGCCAGGUGAACGGCGGCUACCGAGGCGAGGGUCCGCCAGGAGGCGGAAGGGGGCGAGGCGGAUGGAGGAAGCCCACGUCGAGCUACAGCAGCGGCGGCAAGAGCUAUCAGAACGACGACAGCGGCUCGCGGUGGCGCUCCCCGCCGCGGCGGCGCUCGUCGCCUCUGCGGGCGCGCGAGAACGAGUCGCCGUCACCGCGCCGGCUGAGCGACGUCUCCCGACGAGGGGAUGGCUCGCCGCACCCGUCCGAGGCCAAGCGGCCGCGGCUGUCGCGCUCGGCGGAGCGGGCGCCCAGCUGCCCGGACCGCGCCGACAAGGAGAACACGGAGCGGCUGCAGGCGGCCGGCGCCGGCUCGCGGCGCUUCUACGGCGACUCGGCCGACGCCGGCGGCUCGCGGUUCGCCGCCAGCCAGCAGAUGCGGCCGCCGCCGUCGCCUCGCAAGUCCGGCGAGGGCGGCAAGAGCCAUCAGCUGUACGGCGGUAAGGCGCAGACGGCCAGCCGCGACCUGCAGCUGAUCCCGGCCAUCCGGCCGAUCGACUCCGACAAGAACGGCAAGGACCCGCUCUACAUCGGCCUGCCGAACUACGGGAACUCCUGUUAUCAGAACGCCACCCUGCAGUCGCUGCUGGGCCUGCGGCCGUUCCUCAGCGAGAUGGUCUCCCUGAUCUCGGGCCCGGGCGAGAGCGGCCAGUGCCGCACGCUGCGCGCCGUCGCCAAACUGAUGGUGCUGCGCCAGAAGGCGCUCAGCAAAUCGGUCUCGAGCCACCUCAACGAUCUGCGUGAUGUGUUCGCCGAAAUCGACCCGGCGUUCCGAGGCACCGAGAUGCAGGACGCGAACGAGUUCCUGCUGCGGCUCCUGGACACGAUGAAGGACGAGAUAGAUGCGCGACGGCCGGCCGACAACCCGGUGCGAGACAACUUCCAGUACCAGACGGUCGAGAGCUACAUGUGCACCAAGUGCCAUGAGACGGUCCUGAAGCGGCAGGAGAACAUCAGCUGGUUUGUGAGCGUGCCGCGCCGUCAGGGCACCGAGGCGCCCACUCUGCAGGACGCGCUGCGGCUGAGCAUGCGACCCGACCGGCGCGAGCUGCUCUGUCAGCACUGCCGCCACGACGAGUGCCGCGUCACCACGAAAAUCAGCCAGCUGCCAAGGACGCUGAUCCUCCAGCUCAACCGGUACGUGUUCCUGGGGGAGGAGUCGAAGAAGAUCUGUGCCAACGUCGGCAUUCCCAAGUUUCUCUCGCUGAACGAGUACGUGGCGGACGACGUCACACGGCCUCCCGAGUGGAAGUGCACCAAGCCUUCCCUGUGCUCCCUCUCCGACUUCGAGGAGUCGGAGGCGCCCAGCUCGGGUCCGUCGCCGCCGCCGGCCGCCCGAGGGCCGUCACCGGUGCCGGCCGCCACCGCCGCCGCCCUGCCGGAGUCCGCCGCCGCCGGCUCGCCGGUGUCGGCCGGAGCCGCGGCGCCGGCGCGUCCCCCGUCACCAGUGGCCGCUGCCGAGCCGCCGCCGCCAGCGCAGGCCGAGCUGGUGGUGCUGGACGCCGACUCCGAGUCCAAGCCGGCGCGGACCCGCGAGGAUGAGGAUCGAGAGCUCCAGGAGGCCAUCAUGCGGUCGCUGGAGGAGGGAGAGCCGGCCGACGCCUCGGAGCAGGCACGCCUCUCUGAGUUCUGCGUCGAAGACGACCAAUCCCUCUGUUCGGUGGACCUGGCCGGGGACUUCACCUACCGGCUGGUGGGCGUCGUCAGCCACUACGGCGGCGCCACACACUCUGGGCACUACGUGUCGGAUGUGUACAGCGUCGGCAGGGACAGGUGGUUCCACUACGACGAUCGGCGCGUCAGCUGUGUGGACGAGGCCGACGUUCUGGGCGAAGCCGGACACCAGAGGAACGGCUACAUCUUCUUCUACCUGCACAAAGACCUCUGUAACCAGGUGGUCAGCGUGGAGGGCGCCGGCGGGUCGCUGUGACCGGCGCGGCAGGGAACACAGGGUGACCGCAGCACCGGCGGCCGGCGGCCGAACGCCACCGACCGCCUCCGUGCGUAUGGGUGUGUGUGUGUGUGGCUGCGUGUGCGUGUGUGGGUGUAAAUCGUGUAUGUUGAUAAAAUCCGGGUGUAUUGUAUGAACUGAGAGUCAAGGUACGAGAAGAGCUAUGGUCUUCAAAGAUGCGCGAAGAGCUAUGGUCCUAUGAUAGUGUGCUACUCCUGCGUUCGCCGCGGCUGAGAGGUCUGGCUGGCGGCGCCGUGAGGCUCGCGCGGCCCGGCGGCCGCCGCGGGUCGGGUCCACGAUCUGUGUCGCGCGUGCGUAUGUCUGAUUCGUUGUAUCGGCGGCCUCCGGUAACUGCUAUGCAGUGGCCGGCGCUGGGCGCGCCCGAUACUGUGCUCUGUGUCUCUGUGAAGUGUAUAUAAGCGCGGCGACGAGGCCCCGCCGGCGCUGUACAAAAGACAAUCGGCUCCAUUCCGCGGCUGGCAGGCAGGGUGGGGUGUGAGUCGCCUCCUGCGCCGCCCACCCGUCCCGGGCGGCGCAUGGAAUCUGUACCUGACAGGCGGCCGCCGACGCCGGCAGAAAAGCUACCCACUCCGCCCAGUUUCGCUACAUUUCCCAGUCUCAUGCCACCGCACGGAGAACGUAAAGAUAAAUAUACGUUUGUGGUUGA